AUGGUGAUUAAGUUCACCUCCGAUGUCGUCAAUCCGCCGGCUCUCUUGUACAUGGGAGUAGAUAAAUAUGAAAAUGAGGAGCUUAUCAAGUAUGGAUGGCCGGAAGAUGUUUGGUUCCACGUUGACAAGGUAUCAUCAGCUCACGUUUAUCUACGGUUGCCAAAGGGGAUGACCAUAGACACAAUACCGCAGGCAUUAAUUGACGACUGCUGUCAACUGGUCAAAGCAAAUUCUAUUGAUGGAAAUAAGAUGAACGACGUCGGUAUUGUGUACACAAUGUGGGAAAAUUUGAAGAAAACUGGUGACAUGGCGGUGGGACAGAUCGGAUUCCAUGACCAUAAGAAAGUGAAGCGAUGUGUGGUAGCGAAACGUAUCAACGAAAUCGUGUUUGUUUACAGGGAAGAGCGCGAGCAACGAGACAUAGCUGAACGUCGACAACAACGAAAGCUCGAACAAGAGAAGAAGGCGCGGGAGAUGAAAGAAGCCGAGGAGCGAGAAGCGUUACGACGACAGCGCCAUUACGAAGACGUGGAUUGGGAUGCACCACCUCAGAAGGAAAAGGACGACGGUAAUCUCUCAGACGAUUUCAUGUGA